CUUUGUACCAAUGUUUGUCUUCAGAUAAAUAAAUAAUAUCGGUUGACAUGUUCUCUAACGAAAUCCUGAAUUUUGAUGAAAGUUCAGACAUAUCUUACACUUUCAUAAUUUAAGGCUGUGCUGUAGUGUUUAUUUUGAUAUAUGAUCUUACUUUAUGUACACCGAAAACAUUCAUUCACUCAUACGUUUUCAUUCACUUAAUUCUCUUAACUUAGGUGAACUCUUCAAAUGCUGUUCAAUUAUUGCGUAACCUAUAUUAUCAAUCUUUAAUUUCAGUGAUCUUAUGUAAGCCUUUCAUAACCUCUAAAAUUAUCACACAAUCUAUCUUAUCUGUCUACGAGCCUCAUUUGAUUAAUGCAUCACCUACCAUCUAUGCUGUAAUGUUCGUGUCUGUCGACACUACUUGAAAAUGAGUAACUGGUUAAUAGUUUUCCGGAUUGGCACUGGUCAUAAAGGGUGGGUGGUUGAUAAAAUAUUGCCGUUGAUACAAAAAGUUUGUUUGGCAUUUGUCUUUAUGAUUCAGCUGUGUAGUUAGCUAAGUUUAAGCACUUAGGAGGACGAGCUUAUGUACUGGUAGGCUCCGUGUUGCUUAUUAGCUUUUAAAUGCUUUCACUAAAGAUAGUUGAUGCGAAAUUACAGACAAGUGUCCUAUCGUCAAUCUCUUCUACGCAUUAUUGUUAUGCAGUGAUCAUUCAUGUUAAUGAUGUUGAUGUUGGAUAUACAGCUUUCACAAAAGUUUGUAUUUGAGGCUGUUAUCGUGCAGCAUUAGCUAAUGUCUACUGCAUAUUCCAUAUGCCAGUUCAUCAUCUGACUGCUUAAACCAGGAAUAUACCAAGUCUAAUUCACUGCACUAACAUACAACAUCAGUCCAUAAAACCACCGGAUAGUAACUUAAAUAAUAUAACCUAAACUUUAAUAGUCCAGUAAUAGUUGUAGGUACCAUGGCUUAGAACAAAUUGUCGCAACGCGGACGCAUUCAUGAAGACAUAUUAGUUCGUCUUUAUGUUUCUAUUCAUUUUGUUGUUUAUUUUUCGUUAAUCUUUUCCUUCUGUGAAAUUAGGUGUGAAGUUGUAAACUGAUGCAUUAUUAUGUGAUGUUUACAUAUCUUGUCUUUUAAACUUCAGAACUCUGUUAGUGUUCAUUAUUUCCCAAAUUCUUACACUUAUCUAAUGCUUCAUUAUUGCUUAGAGUUUACACUUAAUCUGAAAGUCUAAAUAUAGUUCAUCAUUUUUUAGUUUAACUCCUUGUUUAUUUUUAUAAUGAAAAGUCUUAGAAUUUUCAGUGUCUGUUAUAGUUGGCGUAUUUCAUGUUCUCAUAGAAAAACUGCGAAAACUGAUCAAAACCAAGAAUAUCGGUACAGAAACUUAUAUAUCUCAUUGUAAAGGAUUUUGAACCGUACCGGUUAAGAGUCGGGACAAUUAAUUCCUAGCACUUUAUAUAAGUAUAAUCGAUCAAUCGGCGGCUAAUUUGUAGUAAAAUUUACAUUUCAUUUCAAUCAUAGCAAUUAAAUGAGACUUGAUAUUGAAUUUUCCGGUGGGGCUGAACUUUUGUUCAACAAACAAAAAGAAUAUCAAGUUGACUUACCACCAACAGUGGUUCGACUAGGUGAUUUGCUUGUUUGGUUGGAGAAAAAUCUUUUACAAGAACGUCCUGAACUUUUCUUACAAGGGAAAAGCGUUCGACCCGGAAUUCUCAUUUUAAUCAAUGAUGUAGAUUACAGUUUAUUGGGUGAGAAUGAUUACAUUUUGAAGGAAAUGGACAAAGUUAUAUUUAUAUCUUCAUUGCAUGGUGGUUGAGGUUAUACACAAGAACACUCUUGACAUAUUUGUAAUAUUUUUUUAUUAUUUGUAAAAAUGAUCAGGAUUAUGAUAAAUUCUUGUGAUGAAAGUC